AUGUUUCUAAAAAAGGUCAUAAAAUACACCAAGCGGUUAGAGGAUCCUAAAAAUCCUUUAUUGGGUCCAACUUUGAAGGGAUUGUAUUUAUUUGGCCUCUGGCAAACUGGGGGCAAAUUUCGAACGGUCGUUUACAAUUUGAUACAUCUAACAACAUUCUUUUUCGUAACAAGUCAAUUUGUCGAUCUUUAUUUCGUCAGGCACGAUAUUAAUAAAGUUUUGAACAAUAUGUCUCUUACUGUCCUCAGUGUUAUUUGUCUAGCAAAAUGUUUCUCCUACGUUUUUUGGCAGAGUGAAUGGAGGAAGCUCGCACAGUCCAUUUCUGAAGAAGAACUAAAAGAAAUAAAAAACGGAGAUCCUAUAAUCCAGAAGCAUAUGGAAGACUAUACAAAGUAUACUAGGAUUAUAACAUACAUGUUUUGGACGAUGGUACUUAUAACAAAUUUCCUUUUAAUACUAACGCCCUUAUUGAAGUACGUAUCGUCGCAUUCUUACCGAGAAGAGAUACGAAUGGGAAUGGAACCGUUACCACAGAUUCUGUGUUCUUGGUUUCCGUUUGAUAACGAAAGGAUGCCUGGAUAUUUGAUAAGCGUAAUUGUACACAUCAUUAUGGGAAGUCAAGGUUCUGGAGUUCUAGCUGUGUACGAUAUGAACGCUGUUGCUAUCAUGUCUUAUCUGAAAGGCCAGAUGAUUAUACUAAGGGAGAAAUGUAACAGCCUAUUUGACGAUGUAACUUCGACACAAGACGUGUUAGAUAGGCUCAAAGAGUGCCAUAGACAUCAUAAUGUCUUAUUGAAGCACUCUUCAGUUUUCAACUCUCUGCUAUCGCCCACCAUGUUUGUUUAUGUACUAAUGUGCUCCAUAACAAUUUGCGGUAGCGUGGUGCAGUUUAGUUCCAAAGAAGCUACUGCCUCGCAAAAGCUUUGGGUGUUUCAGUACACGUCUGGUUUAAUUUCACAACUGUUUUUGUAUUGUUGGCAUAGCAAUGAAGUGACUCUUCAUAGUAAGCUUGUUGACAGAGGGAUCUACAGCAGUGAUUGGUGGAAGAGCAAUGUGCGUGUGCGCAAACAACUCUUGCUAUUGGCUGGAAAACUAAAUCAUCCUCUGAUAUUAGAUGCUGGUCCAUACACUACACUGUCUAUACCUACUUUUAUUGAAAUCAUGAAAGGCUCCUACAGUUUCUUCACUCUAUUCUCUCAAAUGCAAGAAAAUGAGAACGUUCGUUCUAAUUUGAAAAUGGUCUUUAAAUUCUUAAAUGUAUCAGAAGACCCAAAUAAUCCUUUAUUGGGGCCUAUUAUCUCAAUGCUUCGAUAUGGCGGUCUUUGGGAAAAAGAUCGUCUUAAAAACUUUUUGCAUAAUUUGGUGCAUUUUGUGGCAUUUAUCCUGGUUUUAUCACAAUACGUAGAGCUUUGGGUGAUACGGAACGACCUUGAAAUGGCGAUGAGGAACUUGUCUUUGACAAUGCUGAGCACUGUCUGCGUUUUCAAAGCCUGCAAUCUGGUCUUCUGGCAGAAUACUUGGAAAGAACUGUUCGAUUAUGUCUCUGAAUUAGAACGCUCCCAAUUAGCCAAGAAAGAUGACACUAUUAACAAAAUCAUAUUUAAAUAUGUGCAGUACGCUAGAAGAGUCACUUAUCUUUAUUGGAGCUUGGUCACUGCUACUGUUGUAAUAGUCAGCCUAGCUCCACUUCUCAUAUACUGGUCCUCUCCUACUUAUCGCCAUAAUAUUAGAAACGGUACUUUACCCUAUCCAGAAAUAAUGAGCUCUUGGACUCCUUUCGACAGAACACGAGGCAUCGGUUUCUGGGUAGCAACGUUCUACCAAAUGUCUGCUUGUGUAUACGGCGGUAUAGUCGUAGCAAAUUUCGACUCUACAGCCGUGGUAAUAAUGACUUUUUUUGCGGGACAGCUAAAAGUACUUUCAGCAAAUUGCUCACGGCUGUUUGGCGAUGGUAAUGAGCUAAUUAAUUAUGAUGAAACAGUAAAAAGGAUUAAGGAGUGUCAUUUGCAUCAUUUGUACUUGGUAAAGUAAGUGAUAUUGUUUAUUUACUCUGUGAAAUAACAAAAUUGAAUGGUUUUAUUAUUUUGUAUUGUGUUUUUUCUGCUUCUAAAAUGUCUUCAUUUAUUGUUUUACAGAUAUGCUGCAGUACUGAAUUCAUUACUUUCUCCGGUUAUGUUUCUAUACGUCAUCAUCUGUUCUCUUAUGAUUUGUGCCAGUGCUGCGCAGUUGACCACGGAAGGAACAACUACUAUGCAACAAAUAUGGAUUGCGGAAUAUCUGAUGGCUCUCAUCGCUCAGCUAUUUUUAUAUUGCUGGCAUAGCAACGACGUAUUGUAUUUGAGUAACCAAGUGGAUGAUGGAGUGUACAGCAGUGCAUGGUGGUCGCAGAACGUGCGGACGCGCAGGAGCCUGCUUCUGCUGGGCGGCCAACUUCGCAAACCCAUUGUUUUCAAAGCUGGACCAUUUACAAAACUCAAUAUGGCUACAUUUGUUGCUAUACUGAAAGGAUCUUACAGCUAUUACACAUUAGUAGCGAAGAAAGAAGAUUAAAAUUUCAAUUGAAGAAAUUGUACUUCUAUAAAUAAGCAUUGCAAUUACCUUGAAGAUUAGCAGUACCUAACUUAUUUUACGAACGCAUGUGUUUGUCUAGAUAAUAAUAUCUGUGUUUUCCCAAGUGAUAUUAAAUAAUUGCAAAUAAAAA